AUGUUCCCAUACCCAGCAUGGACCGGUGACUGGGGGCGUGAGGGAGGCUCCAACCUAGAUCAAAUAUUGAAGUCCAGGCACCUCAUGCCACAUCAGCAGCUGGGAGAAUACCCCACUCAAUAUUAUUCUGAAGAUCCCAGUGUUGUUUCGGAAAGAUUCAAUCAUUAUGAUGCCAUAGAAUACCAGAAUGAUGCUAACUUCACAAGAUUUUCAGAAGUACAGGUGACACCAACUCUCCAUGAUAAAUUCUGCAAGUUGUCAGCCUUAUGUAAAGGACAUUUAACUCGACAAUUACUCGGAUCGAACAAAGUGCAAGAAAUAUUGCAAAUCAUAAGGGAUACGAGCAGACUGAUUCUCUCACUCAGAAUGGAAGAAAGCAAUGAAAAGAAGGAAAGUACUGAAAGUGAAGGGAAGACUGAAAAUGGCAUGAACCCUGUCAGAGAUGAAUAUCUGGAAAACAGACUAUAUAACCAGCUACGUUCAGCUAUUUAUCAGCUACACAACAUAUUUUUCAACGUUUCUACGAAGGAGAGAAUGUACAUCAUUGCACAGUCAUGUCUUCUCGCAAGAUCUGCUGAAAAGGUAAUAAAGAAAAAAUCACAACCCAAUCAGUUGUCGAUUGCUACGCAGAAAUCUCUAGAAAGGAAAAGAUUGCUCAGCUCGAAUUCUGAUGGCUCAUCCCAUCCUGUUGCCAACCAUGUAAAGACUCAUCAUAAAGAUAUUAAAAGCAAAAUUUCGCAUAUUUGGAAAACAGAGCCUGUGAAACUACCUGAGAAGAAGUCUCCUAUAAUGCCCAAAGUUACAUCACAAAGCAAGAAUCAGAAACCAAUUGUGACUUCACAAAAUAAGGCAAAAUCUCAUGUGACAACACAAGCUAAACCUGUGAAACAAGGUAAGAAAGUGUCAUCUCCAACCUCCAGUGGGACAGCAGAAUCAAAGUCCAAAUCUCCUGUUACACAAUCAAGAUCUAUGACAUCACAACAAGGAAGAAAACCUACUACAUCAAUGUCAAGUAUCACAUCACAAUCAAAACCCAAAUCUUCUGUUAAGUCGCCAACCAAAAAAGUGAUGUCACAAACAACCAAUGUGACAUCACAGACAAACACAAGAGUGACAUCACAAAGACUUAACAAUACACAAAACAAUAACAAAGUGAUGUCACAAACAACAAACCAAUGUCUAGGAAAACAGUUCAAAACAGAAAACCAGUUCCGCUCUCUAGCAGAGGAAAUUUAAGAGGACAUGUGUAAAACUGAGAACCACUGGGAACAAAAAUUUGCGUAAAUUUAUACAUGCGUGUUGGUUAUUUUAUUGGAACGGAAAUUGCUGUUUUGACUCUUCAAUGAGAGAGUUGAAAUUCAGCUCAAUUCAGCAAUUUUUGUUUAUUUAAAAUUACACAAUACUUGAUAUUUUUCAUGGUUUCGGUAUUAUUCGUAGCAUAUUAUGUAGAAAUGUUAUAUAUUCUUGUAGUUUGCAGUUCCUGUUAUGUUGCGUUUUUACGUAUUUACUUCAAAAAGACUCAGUACAAUAGCCACUGACAUUUUACGGAAUAUUUUGCCAUUCUUGGGAGGACGCGAAUCUUUCCGCUUCAUUGCCUACACCAAGGCUUUCCAAACUGGGGGUAGCGCAAUGGAUUUUAGGGGUUGCAAAGCGUACACCAAUUUCACCAUGUGUUGUACUUUUUUAGACUUCUGAUUCGAAACAUAAUAAUCAAAACUACUGCAAAACAUGAAUCUCACGAUUUUUAGAGAAUAAAUAGAAUCAGACGCGCCUGCAUAUUUCGAACUGUUUAGCAUUUCAAACUUGAACGGAGGUAACAGGGACCACGAGCUUAUGAGUUUUGGAAGUUCUGGAAGCCCUGCCCUGCACAAUUCAUUACACUUGUGUGAGUUGGGGAGCGUGGAAUUCGAACCCAAGAUUCGUAACAUGAGUUGCCAACAUGGUUCAUUCAAAAACUCCGCACACUAGGCCUCUUUAUGUUUGUAUUAUUAUUGUGUCGUUUAUAUAAAGUAGCAUAGUAUAGUAGAGAUGUUAUAUAUAUUUUUGUAGUUCAUCUGUUGUGUUAUUUUUUUUCUUCAUUAAUUCUGUGACAUUUUAUCCAGAAGUUCGAAUCGUAAAUUUCAGUUUCUCACAGUAAAUAUUCUUACUACGCCCAAAUGGUGCUUUCAAAUAACCUCAGAAAGAGAUAAAUUUGAAUUUAAAAACCUACUUUGAACAUUCAACUUGCCUAUGCGUCAAAUCAUAAAAACAAUCCUAAUUCCUCACAUAGUCAUUACUUUUUCAUGAUUUUAAUCGUAUUUAUUUAAGAGGAGCAUAAAGACUAUAAGAUACCGUGUUUUCCCGAUUCCUUUGGAAAAAACACUAGGGCUUUAUUUUGGGAAUGCGUCUUAUUUUCAUUUAUCAAA